CUGAGAUGGUUUUGGACUGUAAACUUGAUCUUCAUCCCGGACGAAUUAUCUAAUUUCCGUUGCUGUAAACACAGAGAGAGAGGGAGAGAGAGGGAUCUAACAAGAGAGAGAGUUCCCUUUAUUGUGAUUUGGAAGUUGAGAUCGAGAGCUCUGUGUUGGUUGGUUCGCGUGAGAUGAGUUGUUAAGAAGAAAGAAAGAAAGAUGAGUAAAGAGACCUCGUUUUUGGUACGGCAGCCCAGGUGCCUUGCUCUCAUCGUUGCCCUUACGAUUCUCCUCUUCUUCGCGCUCUCACACACCCGUCGUAAAGAUUACAAUGUAGGACCAGCAAAAUGGUAUGUGACUAACCACUAUAUGCUGCUUUCUUGUUAUGGCUUUGGAGGAGGAGGAGCAGAAGCAAGUCAUCGAGGAGGAUUACCAAGUUACACACAGAGUAUUCUUCGAUAUUGAUGUCGACGGCCAGCGCUUAGGCAGGAUCGUUAUUGGAUUAUACGGCACUCUUGUACCCAAAACCGUAGAAAACUUCAGGGCUUUAUGCACAGGAGAGAAGGGAAAAGCUUCUAGUGGAAAGCCUCUACAUUACAAAGGAACACAGUUUCACCGUAUAGUAUCUGGAUUCGUAGUCCAAGGAGGAGACAUCAUCCACGGUGAUGGAAAAGGGAGUGAAUCAAUCUACGGUGGUACCUUUCUUGACGAAAAUUUCAAAGCAAAGCAUUCACAUGCAGGUGUUGUAGCGAUGGGUAAUACAGGACCUGAUUCUAAUGGCUCACAGUUCUUUAUCACCACUGUCAAGGCUUCCUGGUUGGAAGGGGAACAUGUUGUGUUUGGGAAGGUGAUACAAGGGAUGGACUAUGUGUUCGCCAUUGAAGGUGGGGCUGGUACUUACAGUGGCAAACCAAGGAAGAAAGUUGUGAUUGCUGAUUCUGGAGAGAUCCCUAAAGACAAAUGGGAUGAAGAAUGAUGACAAAACACACAACCUCAAACUUACUGAUCUGGCUCUGUUCAUGUGAUAUCCUCUCUCUCUUUUUUUUAUUUAUAGUUUCGUAGAUGUGAUGAUCUGAAUUCUGAAUACUAUGCCAAUGUUGUCCACAAACGUUGCAAUGAAAAGAAUGUAGCUCUAGCAUCUUUGUAGCAGCACUAGAGAUUCUAUAGAUGAUUGGUAGUUUCUUUAAUGUCAAAUAA